AUGGCGAUGGCCGCCGCCGGGCGGUGCCUGCUCCUCUCCCGCCCCUCCCCUCUCCGCCUCCGCGUGCUCCGCGCCGCCCUCUCCACCGCCGUCCCCCCUUCCUCGCCCGCCCUCGCCGCCCCCGCGCCCCCUCCCCGCCACGAGCUCCUCCUCGAGCGCCUCCGCCUCCGCCACCUGAAGGACUCUUCGCCCCCCGGCCCCCCGAAGCCGCUGAGGGAGAGGGCCAGGGGCGGGGAGAGGGGCUCGCCGCAGCAGCAGCAGCAGAGGAGCGUCGAGGUGGAGAGCUUCGAGGAGCUCGGGCUCGAGGAGGAGGUGCUGGCCGCGAUGCGGGAGGCCGGCAUCACCAAGCCCACCGAGAUCCAGUGCGUCGGCGUGCCCGCCGUGCUCUCCGGCACCAGUGUCGUCCUUGGCUCGCACACCGGCUCUGGGAAGACGCUCGCCUACUUGCUGCCUCUCGUUCAGCUACUGCGUCAUGAUGAAGCGACACUGGGUAUGUCAAUGAAGCCAAGGCGGCCAAGAGCUGUAGUUUUAUGCCCAACAAGAGAGCUGACCGAGCAGGUCUUCCGUGUUGCAAAGUCCAUAAGUCAUCAUGCACGUUUUCGGUCAACGAUGGUUAGUGGAGGCACCCGUCUAAAACCCCAGGAAGAUUCUUUGAACAUGCCUGUUGACAUGGUUGUUGGGACACCUGGAAGGAUCCUUGAUCAUAUAAAGGAGGGCAAUAUCGUUUACGGCGAUAUUAAAUAUCUGGUUCUGGAUGAGGCAGAUACAAUGUUUGACCAAGGGUUUGGAGAAGACAUACGGAAGUUUCUUGCUCCUUUGAAGAAUCGUGCUUCAAAGCCUGGUGAUCAAGGGUUCCAAACCAUAUUGGUGUCUGCUACCAUGACCAAGGGAGUACAAAAGCUGAUUGAUGAGGAGUUCGAAGGUAUUGAGCACUUACGGACAUCAACCUUUCAAAAGAGAAUUGCAACUGCACGACAUGACUUCAUCAAACUUUCUGGUUCAGAAAACAAACUCGAGGCUCUCCUGCAGGUUCUUGAGCCAAGCUUAGCAAAAGGAAACAAAGUUAUGGUGUUUUGCAACACUUUGAAUUCAAGUCGUGCGGUGGACCAUUUUCUUACUGAAAAUCAUAUAUCUACUGUGAACUACCACGGAGAGGUCCCUGCGGAGGAGAGAGUUGAGAACCUAAACAAGUUCCGGAAUGAAGAGGGUGAUUGCCCAACAUUAGUCUGCACUGAUCUGGCAGCUAGAGGACUAGACUUGGAGGUUGACCAUGUCAUCAUGUUUGACUUCCCAAAAAACUCUAUUGAUUAUCUCCACAGAACAGGGAGAACAGCGCGUAUGGGAGCCAAAGGGAAAGUUACAAGCCUUGUCGCAAAGAAAGAUGUGGGUUUAGCGACAAGGAUCGAGGAUGCCAUGAAGAAAAACGAGAGCUUAGAAUCGCUGACGACUAGCAAUGUCAGGAGGGAUUCCGCCAAUUCUCAAAACCCAAGCACCAAGGGAAGGACUUAUGCAAGGUCGGCAAGGAGUUCAGAUGCUCCGAGGGGUAGGUCGGCAAGGAGUUCAGAUGCUCCGAGGGUUGCUAGCCAGAAGGGUAACAAAAGGGGAGUCACACUGUCGAGAAGGUCACCAAAGGUCGCCGUCAAGGACACAACUUCGACCAGAAAGCGGUCGUCGACCAAGAGCCAGCCAUCUUCGUCCAGAAAGCACUCGCCGUCUAAGAACCCGCCGAAGGCCAGGCCGGCAGAGGCCAGAAAGGCCAAGCCGGUGAGAGCUGGGAGCAGCAAGGGCGGCGAGAAGGCCGGGAAGAGCAGCAGAGCCAGGCCGGAGGGUGGGAAGGGGGAUGCUCUGAAUAAGGUGGGAAGUAAGCUGAGCGUGGUUGGGUUCAGAGGGCGCAGCACCGGGAAGUCGGCGCAGGCUUCAUGA